AUGGAUAACCAAAUAUGUUUGAGGUUUGACAAACUGAGAAACUAUUUACCCGAUGACUUAAACAUCUCUAAAGGUAGUGAUAUUCAUAGUUUAGGGAAUAUUAAGAAGUAUUGCUCUAAUGGAGAAUCAGAGGGAACAGGAUGUAAGACUGAUCUCGAUAAAAUAAAUGGUGGAUGUCUAUGGUUGUUCGAGCAAAAUAUUAUUAAUAGGAUUAGUGAUUUUGGUGAUUCUAGUGAUGAAAAGCAUAAAGUGUUUAUUAUAUACAUUAUGUUAUGGUUAAAUUUUAAAUUGAAUCAAACGACGCAUGCAAAAAACACAGAAUUUAAGGAUUUUUAUAAUAAAUAUAUAGAAAAUAAUACGUAUUAUACUAAUUGUAAAAAAAUAAAAAAUAAUGAUGAUUGUAGUAGUUCAUUAAAAGAAGCAACGGGAUAUAAUAAUUUUAAGGAGUUCAUAGAAGCAAAUAAAUGUUUGAUGAAUAUUGGUAUUAAUGAUGUGUCUAAUCUCUAUGAUGCAUUUAAACCAUUGUGUAACAUGUAUACUGAACUUAGUGCAAACAACCCACAAAAUAAGAAAUAUUUAGAAAAUGCUAGAGAAUUUGUUGAAAAAUAUGAAAAACUUAAUGUUUCUGCUAUUUCUGAAGAUAGUCCUUAUUAUAAAGUAUUGUCUACAUUAUCAAAUGAUUAUAAUAAUUUUAAAAAUUAUUGUAAAAAUAAUAAAAAUGAUUGUAGUGAUAUUCCGCUACUUCCAAAUAUAAAAACAAAAGAAAACGGUGUUCGAAAUUCUGAACCGAGUCCCGAACAUAUUUCUGAAGUUACAUCAUCAAGUUCAUCGAUAACAAACAAAUUAAUUCCAGUUUUAUCGAUAAUUGUUGCAAUACCCAUAUUCUUGGGAAUUUUUUAUAAGUAUUCGUUAUUUGGAUUUCGGAAACGAACCAAAAAACAACAUUUAAAAGAAAAGAUAAAAAAAUAA